UUAACGCAUCAGACAGAUAGCAACAACGCACAGCACACUAUGAACUCCAGAUGUCAAUGUAUUGGAAGGAAACAGCCACCCACGACGGGAUGACUCACAGUUUGAGGAGUUAGUGCGCGAGCGUCGGUGCGGACGGAGAGGUUCUGCGUGGGGCAUGUCACUUCUUUCUGGUACUUAAAGCUCUUCAACGGUGUUUUAUGGGGAAGAGAAGCGAGGAGCUCGAGCCGCCAUAGGACUGACAGUUGCUGCGCGAGGCGCUGGUCCCAGAUAUGAGCGCGCGUGAGACCUCUGGCCGCUGGGGCGCAUCUUCAUAAAGUGCGACACUUUGAGACCGACAGACGCCGAAAGAAGUGCACUAGUCCGGAGUCCGAGCUGCGGAGAACCGGAGGAGCAGCAGGCCGCCGCCGCGUGUCCCCCGCCCCCCCUACCCCCCCUUAGCGCUGCUUCGGGGAGAAGAGUUGGAGAGCACGGUACACAUCUUCUUCACAGGAAGCUUCCAGGAGUGAACAUGUGUCAAGAGGUCGCGAGGAGAUUCCCCACGCUGCUCCUCAUCGUGUCGAUGCUCCUCUUGAGCUCGGGGACGGGGUUUCCUACCAGACACAAGAAGGUUGCCCACAAGGCUCAUGGCCACCAGAUUCCCAGCGGUGGGGUCCAAUAUGGGCCUGGGGCUUUGGAGCAGCAGAACCAAGUCCAGAGUCUCCUGUCUGAGCCCCACAGUCACCAGAGGAGGUGGUCCCACCCCCAGCACCACUCUGUUGGUGUUCUUCCACAGCCUGAGCCUGAGGAGGAGACUAAACCCUUCGUCCUGGACCUCAAGAACUUUCCAGACCUGGCCAAUGCUGACAUCAACUCACAGAACCCCAACAUACAGGUAACCAUUGAGGUGGUGGACGACCCUCAGAUGGAGGUGGAGAUGGACCUUGCCAAGGAAAAAGACUGGCUACCUUCUUCUUCCUCCUCACCCUCUUCCACCGUGGAUUGGCUUGGAGGCAAGAAGCUUUUCUGGCCUCUUUUCUGGAGUUACACCGACAGCGAUUCCAGCGAGGACAGCAACAGCAGGUCAGGCGUGGAGGAAACUGGCGAGGAAGAGGAGGAGGAGGAGGAGGAGGAGGAUUAUUCCCUGGACGGCAGCGAAGAGCCCUUACCCAGUGGAGUGGGCGGAGACUGGGAUACACGUUGGAACGAAGGCUGGGAUCCAGUGCAGAGCUACUAUGAGAAGGAGACAGAUGAGUGGACUCCCUGGUCUCCCUGUUCAGUGACAUGUGGAAAUGGUGAGAGGAAGAGGACUAAAUCCUGUGGCUACUCCUGCACUCUGACAGAGGCCUCCAAGUGUGACCUGGAGCCUUGUCCUGGUGAUGGCAACACUGUGGUAGAGCCUUUCCCCUUUGAGAUGGAGAAUGGCACAGAGCCAUUUGGUACAGAUGUGGACAGCUGUGAGAAGUGGCUCAACUGUAAGAGCGAGUUCCUCCAGAGGUACCUCCACCAGGUGUUGUCUGAGCUGCCCAGCUGUCCCUGCUCAUACCCCUCUAAAGUGGCGUACACGGUAGUCAGUGUCUACGAUGACAAUCACGGCCGACAGUUCCGCUGGCGUGAUGCCAGCGGCCCCAAGGAGCGCCUGGACAUCUACAAGCCCUCAGCCCGUAGCUGCAUCCGCUCAGCACUUUCCAGCGACUUGUCUACUCCCGCAGCGCAGCACUGUUGUUAUGGCGAUCGUGGUCGGCUGAUCACGCGUGGGAAAGGUGCAGGAACGCCUAACCUGAUCAGCACUGAGGUCUCACCUGAGCUGCACUUUAAAAUUGAUGUGCUGCCUUGGAUUCUCUGCAAGGGAGACUGGAGUCGUUUCCAUGCUGUACGGCCACCAAAUAAUGGAUUGAGCUGCCCAGAAAACCCCUAUGAAGACGUGUUCAUGAAUGAACUGGAAGAGGCCAGGGAGUACUGAGGGACCACAGCCAAAAAUACCACUUCACUCAGAGAGUCAGGGGGCCCAAUCCUAAUUUGAGAGGAGACUUUUAAAAGUCAUGAAAUGUUACAUCUGAACCAUGUUGUGCAUCAUGCAUUCACCGAGCACUGACACGGAGGAAAUGUUGGUGGUUGGGGUAUUUGUGGGGUUUAGGUGUGAUGGUAAAGGGUGGCUGUCUCAAGUUAGGAUUUAGCAGAGUGUCCUGAUAUCAGACUCAACUCAACUGAAUUACAAGAAUGAAAAAAAAAAGCAGUGCUCUCCCAUCGCUUGCCAACCUGUUUUAUAUCUGGCAUAAUAAGGCCUCUCUCUUUAUAUUCACUCUCUCCUGGGUGUGUGUAAGCAUGAUGUCUCAUACCUGCUUUUUGAUGAUGUCCUGGCGCUCUUGUGAUUGACAAUAGCAACAUAUGGUAAACAUCCAGAUCAUGCUUCUUGUAAGUUUUACAUUAAAAAAUGUAUACAUGUGGGCUGGGUAUAUUAAGAAAGCAAACACAUGCAUGGGAAGAGUCCAACAGAAGAAUAUCCCAACUAAGCUGCUACGAUAUAACAUCCUUCAGGUUUUACAAAGGCAUUAAGGGGAACAAUACGACAGGACAUCGGGAAACCCAAAAGAUGCCACAUGCAUUUACAAUAAUGUAUAUUUCAGCCAUUCUUUUGGGACACUAAAAUUAGUAAUGUUAGAAGAAUUUAGGAUCUCAACCAGAGGUAAGCUAAAAGGAUUUGAAACAUUGUGCUGUCUGCUGAGAAUUAUGAGAAUAUCCAAUUAGCAUUAAUGGUACUGGAACAGCACAUUAGAUAACACAAUGUUUUGUCACACAGAUUGAUUUCACAUGUUUCCUCGCAUUUUGACAACAAGAAAGAUAUAUGAUCUGGGUGCCAAAGAGUUAACAAUCAGACAAUGGGUGCUUGUGUAAAUCCAGCUCCCAAAUCUCUGUGGUGCAAAUGUAGGAAAGCGUCCUUUGUACGGUGAGUGGAUUGUGCUCAUAGAUUUCUACAAUAUUCUCAGGGGGACUAACUGACCACAAUAAACACAUUUGUUAAUUUACCUCGACAUCCGAGCACUAUUGGAACUAGUACAAAGUGUAUUGGGUUGAAGGUUGGUAGAAGUGUAUCGGAUGUCUUAUCCUGAUUUUAAUUGAUUGCAACAGGUAAUGCUUUUUGUGCAGUUUCAGAGAGCAGUUGGAACCCUUAUAACUGAAUAGUUGAUGCAUUGUGUGUGUGUGUGUGUGUGUGUGUGUGUGUGUGUGUGGUAGAAAGAUGCCAUUAAUACGUAAACUGUUGGGUUAGUGUCUUUAGAUUUAUGAACAUAACUUGAUUGGAUAGAAAGGACAGUACUAGUCAAAUAUUAAACCCUGAGAGGUCAUACAGUUGGAGCCCUUACCCUGGCUAACAUAGUGUGUAGGUUAAGGCAACAUGGAAGUAGUCACCAUUAGCAAAUACCUCAUAAGGUAUAGUGUAAAAGAAUGAAAAAAUAUGUUGAACCAUAAUUAGAAUAGUUUUUAGUAUUGUAGCAGUAACAGUUUGCACGUCACAGAGUGGCAGUGAUGUUACAUCUACAUAUUUUAAAAUACUUUCAAAUUCCAGGAACUGCCCUUUCUAUCCAGUCUUAUUCUAUGGAUGUUCACUCCAAACCUUUUUUUCAGGAAUUCUGCCUCCAGAUGUGUAUAUGCCAACACGCAUUUACAUUUUGUAAUCACCGAUCAUU